UGGGUUCUGGAAGCGUGUUCCGAUCGAUGUUCGCCGGGAUACUGACAAGUUUCAGUGCAUGCGUGGUGGGGAACACCUGUCGGUCCCACUCUUGCGUCAGGCUGCAUGAUGUGGGUGGCUCGUGUACUUGCAGGGAUGUCAAGCAACCUUGAGGAGCUCCAAACCUGUUCCCAAACUGCUGGCGAUUUCUUAACAAAUCUGCUCCGUCGACCUGCAUUCUGCCACUUCCAGAAACCCGGACUUACUUAACAACACCCAGCUUUUUGCGCCCCUGUUUCAACACCUCAUCCGAGUCAAUCUAAGACCAAAUCCCACAACACCAUGGCGGACACUGUCGAAGAGAAGAAGCAGUCUGUCGAAGGACAGGGCCAAGCUGACGUCAAUGCCUCUGCUGGAGGAUCAGGCAAGGCCGAAUCAUCGAGUAAGAAAGAAAAGAAGACCCCGAAGAAGCUGGGCGGCAAGAAGGCCCAGCAGCAGCCCACUCCCGAACCCACCCCCGCGCCCGAGAGCGAAGCUGAAGGCGAAGCUGAAGGCGACGCCGACGGCGAUGCUGAGGGCGACGCCGAUGCCGAAAACGCUGGUGACGCAGAGGCUGAGCAAGAGGACGCAGGCAAAAAACAAACCAAUGGCAGUGCCGAUGCCGACGAAUCAGAACCCGAAGCUCAGCCUCAGAAGUCAAAAUCGCAAUCGAGGCGUCGCCAGUCUCGAGGCCGAGGCCGACGAGGCGGAGACUCUGAGGAUACUGAUGCGCGAUCCGAUGUCUCCCAGUCCGGAGGCCGCCGCAACCGCCAACGCCAGAAGAAGGGUGGAAAGGGUGGCCCGCUCGACGACAUCACCGAGAAUGUUCCUGGAGGCGAACUCGUUGGUGGUGCUGGUGACAUGGUCCAGGACACGGCAGGCAAGGCUGUCGGCCAGGUCGGCAACACCGCUGGAAAGGCCCUCGGCGGUCUGACUGGAGGAGGCGGCGAGGAAGAGGGCGGCGACAGCAAGGGCGAGCAGCUGCGUCUGCGCCUGGAGCUCAACCUCGACAUUGAGAUCCAACUGAAGGCUAAAAUUCACGGUGAUCUCACUUUGGGUCUGCUGUAAUAACUAAGCUACGACGCAACGACCCUUAUAUGACUUUUAUUGACCUAUCUUUACGACGCUCAGAGCAUUGAGUCCAGGAGCUUUCUUGGAUGGCGUUUGGCUUGGAGAUUUUACGUAGUGUAAUUCUAUGGAUUGUACCUUCAAACACUACUUUGCUCGUGACAUACCAAUCUACCUGCUUCCGAGCCUCCAAUACAUGGAUUCUCGAAGUGCAAAAUCAACCAACGUACGACGGUCACGGCAGCGUUUCUCUUCGCAGG